UGUUCUUGUGUUCUUAACACGCUUUUCAUUUAAAUUUUGGAACUUUUACAUUAAUUUGGCACGAAAUUUAGUUUACCACCGCCGAUGUGUGAUUUUGUUUUUGUGAUCAUAAUGAUCACCCAUCAAGAAGCAAGAGUUUGUCUUCAAAAAGUGUUAAACCGAUUUAAAAAGGAGGAGCUUCCAAAAUCAAUCAAAGAUUGGGGGUUUCUUGACUGUAGUAAAUUUAAUUUCGAUACCUCAAAGAAAUCAACUGUUGACGAUAUCCUGCGGGCUUGUCUGAAAAAGAAAAUCAAACCAAAGAAAGUUUUUGAGCUUCAGCUGAUAUCUGCUAUAUCCAAUCCAACAAAGAAAUGGACAGUUUAUCAACUCACAAAAUCACCUGAGGCAUCACCUGAUCAAGAUGUUGCUAACCCAGAUGAAAUACAUCAGAGACUUAAAAGACAGCUUUCGUUAUUUUUUAAGCAUUUCUUAAGUUUCCGGAAACAUGGUAAUGCGCUGUGGUUCCAUGUCGCUAUCCAGGACAGUCAACAUCCACGGGCAUGUUUCAUGCCUAGCAACAGUGUGUUGAUUGUACAUUAUCCGCAUUCUCACUACGUCAUGGUAACCAGCAUCAAGGCUGCAUACAAAGACUUUGUUAUGCAGGCUCUCAUGAACAGUCUUGAAUGCACAGAGAUUCGCGAAUUACAGCUAAGCGGGCAGAGUCUGGAUUCUUUAGCAGACAUGGUUCUUAACCGCAGCAGCCAGGGAGAUUUCAGUCAAUAUCGUCACAACAAAGUAGAUGAAAACCCUCUUGUACCAAGAAAGAGCAGAAAAAGAACAAUUGCAGAUACAAGUGAAGAACUGUUAGAUGGCAGAAUAUCCCGCGAGAACAUCAAGCAGAAAAAACGUUGUGAUAGAAUCAACACGAGCACAUUUGGGUCAUAUGCUCAACCAGUCUUACAGACCCUUAAAUACACCUUGGAUACCAAUUUUCGUGGGUCAGAAUUUGCCCCAGCGAUGGCUGCUCACAACGAACCCUUCCACUGCAAGGUGAGAUUUGAAGGCUCGAAUGUGCUUGAAGGCAUCAAGCAACUAGGACCUGCCGGCCUAGCCUCAUUACCCCUCCCACAUCAUCUUGGAGGUGUCCACUCUUUAGCUAAGAACCACUUUGUGCUUGCGGAAAAGAAGAUUGCUCAACAGACGCACUAGCAUGGCAUGUUUUUAUUAUUAAUUGUGACUGGCUCUGGCAAAACUGGAAGUUUGUUGCAAUUGAUAAUUUCCCGCAAGCUUCCAAAACGUUUGAGAAUCAGAAUUUUGAACAUUUUCAGGUUUUUGCAUUUUAUAAAAGAAGAUAUUUUGAAAAACAUUUCUGCAAAAUACCAAUCACUAAAUCUAACUGAAAAAUAUGUUAAAAUUAUUGUUGAAAUACAAAUCUUAAUAACAAACUGUUGAUUUUGGAAUCUGAAAGCCAUUUCCUCAAAACCUACAUGGCUGAUAGAUAUCCAAUGAAUUAUAUAUUUAUAACUUCCCUAAUGCUCAACCAAUUUCCAUCAAAUUCAUGCACAAUCUAAAAACACCUAAAACUUAAUUUUGAAUUUUUCCUACAAAUGGCUGGUUUUUGCCAGAGUCAGUCCCAAUUUGUUUUUGUUUUGUUUGCUUUUUACUGACCAACAUGACAAACAAUAAUAAUGAAAUCAAUAAUGUAAUUGUAACAAAUAUUGUUGUUUUAGAAGAACUGUAGUAUUAAAUAUUGUAUAUUUAUAUUAUAUACUGUAUUAUAGUGUGUUAAAAUAUGUGUUUUUUAUAACCCUAUUAUCCAACUGAAUUUUCAAUAGUUGCCUUAAAUGUUAUAACCGUCAACUCUCAAAUUAGUUCCUUUUUUAAGUUUAGAAAAUAUCUAAUGGUAGGAAUUUGUAAAGCCUUGUCCCAGACUGUUAAAUUUUAUUUGACAAAACCAUGUGAUAUGCCUAAAUAUGGUCAUCACAUCAUGACCAUAUACAGGCACAUCAUGACUAUAUAUGGGCAUACAACAGUUUUUUGUCAAAGAAAAUUUGAUAAUCUGAACUGAGCGUUAGAGCAUUUUAAAACCCUUAAUUAUUAACCAAAAUGAGGAUGUAAAUACAAUUCAUUUACUAUAGGAUGCUAAUUAGACUGGGUGCUUAAUGAACAGUUCUCAAAAGCUCCAAUGAGGGCAGUAUAAUAGAGUCAUUGGCGUUUAUUGGCCCUGACGGCCACCCCUACAAAAUAGAUCUAUUAAACAAUCAGCAGGUACUCCUCAUCAGAGCUAAAAAUACAUGUUUUGGUAGCAACUUUUUUAGGAGAUAUAUUUAUCUUAAAAUUCCAUAAAAUAUCUUUAUUAAUAUUAAAUCUUCACUUAUUUUAGCAUUUUAUGUUGAUUGUUUUAAGUAUUUACGUCAGACAAAAUUCAAUUCUUGAGUAACUAAAGGGACAAAACUGCUAUGGUAAUAUACAAAAUUAUGUUUUCAAAAUUGUGGAGGGGAUAAAUAAAAAAAACUCAAAUAUUCUAUUUAUAUUGCUAAUUUCAAGAGACUCCAGACUUUCUAAGUUUUAAAAAAUAUGGUUUAUUUUUACAAAUCGUAUACCGUAAAACCUUGAAUUGAAGCCCAGUGGGCUUAAUCUCGAGAUGAAGCCCAUCUGAAAUUGAAGCCCCCCUCUUUAGCUUGCAAAAUUAGACUCGGAAAGGAAGCAUAGGCUUCUUUUCGAGUUAGUACAGUACAUACACUGUACAUGAAUUUCGGAAAACAAAUAAAUUAAAUACAAGCUUUGUUUUUAAAGUAGUUUAGGUGUUUAAUGCCAGUUAAAUACACUACAUGAUACAUAUUGUUGUUACAGUGGCCUUGUUUAUUGUUUUAUAGUACAAAUUCACAAAUUUUACAGCAUUCAUUUUAAAAAGACGGCCCUCCCUCCCCCCCUCCUUACUUUCCAAAAGUAGCCUCGAAAAGAAGCCCAUUUCGAAAAAAGCCCAUCAGAAGUUCGCAAAAAAAAAAAAACCCAGGGCUUCAAUUCAAAGUUUUAUGGUAAUAAGGCACAUAUUAAACUCAAAUAUUUAAGUUUUAAAUCAUAUAUUUUAUUGAUGACGAUCUCAUCCGUUUUAUGAAUUCUUAAACAUGUUUUAUUAACAAAUUUGAGUUGCUUGUGUUGUAUCGUUCAGUGUAUCCACUCAUCAUUUUCGUUCAGGUCAGUGACAGCAAUCAGGAGGUGAUUAACAACAUAUUGAAAAUGUCAAAGUUUUUGGCCCUUUUUAAAAUGUCUUCAUGUACAGUAUUUCGCUGGUUCAACUUUCUCUUGCACCCAAAGUUAUAUAAUUGUUAUAUAUUUCCUAUUAUAUCAAUAAUUUGUUUGCUUUCUUCUUUUUAUUACAUGCUUAGUGUCGAUGUCCACUAUUAUCCACUCCCAAGUAGGGGUAUAGGCUGGUUUUGAUCUUUGGGGGUUGGGGGGGCUAAAAAAUUGAGAAUGCAGAACUGAAUCUAAUGAAAACUUAAUUUUUAUAUUUAGUAUUUUAAUUCACUUAAUGGAACUAAUUUGCUAUCAUGGGGGUGGGGGUUGUGUCCCACAUCCCCCUCACUAGCCUACGCUCCCAAGUAAAAUCGUCUUAGCUGAGAAUGUUCAAAGACAAAAUAGUUUCAACAUACCAUUAGACAACUUCCGCGUUGUACCGAGAAUAGGAUCCAUUUGUUUUUCGGGAUGGAGGUAUGAUGUAUAGUGUGGAUGUUUCUAUAAAAUUGUUACUUACUAUGUCCAACAGCUUUUGGCAAUGCUGAUAGGUCAGUCAUAUCAGAGUGCCUUUCCAUUUGUGUUGGGGAAAGCUACGCAGUGUAACGAUUGUAGUAAUAUCACUGUAGCUAGAAUGUAGUGUUUUAUGGAAUCUGCACAGUUUGUCAAAUUGACAUAAAUUAUGUAAUUUUAAACAAAUGUGCAAUUUGCAGCUAUUAAUGAUUACAACAUAUGUAAAGAAUGUAGUUAUUUCAGUUUCAAUAUAGACUAGGCUAUUGAAACUGAAAAAGACUUCUUUAGCACAGUUUUUAAAAAGAUUUUGUUGCAUAGUUAUGAUUUUCGUUUGCACGGGUUAAAGCUGCAUCUAACAUAGACAUAGUGCCUUGCCCAUGUACACUUACAAAUGGGCAUUAUUACAUAUUUCAUCACGAAUUAACCAAAAGGAACAAUUCAAAAAUAUACUGAAUCCAGAAUGAAUUUUUUCCUCUAAUGGGCAUUACUGAAUUCGAACUUUGACCCUCCUGAACAUUGAGCAAAUUUCUACUUACACUUAUGUUAUCUAUCAUACAAUAAUUGAUUUUUUUUUUCUUAAUAAUAUUUUUUCAUAUGCAAUACAGUAUUAUCAUUUUAUGACUGCCUGGAGCUACAGGCUGCAUAAUUGUGAAGGGUUUUUUUUUUUUUUUAAUAGGAAACUUAAUUACCUAACAGGAAUUUGAUUCCUCGUGCAGUUUGCUUACAAUGGUUUAUGAGAAUUGAUUUGCCAUUUAGCUCUUCUGAGUGCUGAAGAGAUCUUCUGUCUAUUUUAAUAUCUUGGGCAAGGAAAUAAAUACUUAUUUUAGAAGGAGAUUCAAGUGGCCAGGAUGUAAAAAGUAAAUUGCUUGGCAUAAAUUUGAUGGUACGAAAAUGUUUUGUUCUUUGUUGGAGCACGGAUGUAUGAUUUGAGGAUUGAUGGAUUUUAUAACCAUUUUCAAUAUGUUUGAUUUGGUAUUCGAGUUUUUGUAAUAAAGAGAAGCGAAAACGUAUUAGUAA